UUUUAAACAUCAAUAUGUAAGGUGUUUUAUUCAUUCAUAGUUUUUUAUAUUUUAAAUUUUUGGAAAAAAACUGGAAACUUGUUCUAACUUUAGUUUAACUUCAGAGUCAGAAUGCUAAGUUCAAGCAUAAAAUAAUUAUAAAACAAAUAUUCCCGUCUCUGACAAAAUCUUUUAUGAAAUCAUUUCAUGGUGAAUGAUAGUAAACUGUCAAAUGAAUCGAAAAAGUUCGCGCUUUAUUACGGUACAAUUGAAGUUGUGAAAUUUUUUAAGUGGAAUAAAACUAAAAAUUAAUUAAAAUUUGUGAAUUUAAAAAUGAUUCUAUCUGGUUAUCAAUUUAUGGUUAAAUCGAUUGCAAACCAAAGACCUACUCUAAACAAUAUAUGGAGUGAAGUUUUUCCAGCGAAUGGACCUCAAGCAAAAUCUCUUAUUGAAAUUUCGGGCGCUUCAGGAACUGGAAAGAGGAUUCUUCUAUAUGAAUUAAUGGCGCGAGCAUCACUACCAACCUAUUACGGCGGCAAGUAUAGUCAAAUAAUUUUUGUAGAUUGUUGUCACAAAUUUGAUUGGGAUUUCUAUAAGGAAUGCGUAAAAAACGUAAUUAGUCAAAAUGUUUUGUUAUGCUCACAAAAAGCCGUAAAAUAUAAUUACGGAUCAAUCAUACAUUUACCCUGUUACUUAGCCGAUCAAUUUGAGUUUGCCUUUGUAGACAUUGAAGAACUGUUGUGGGAUUAUAAAAAAGUCUCAUUACUGGCCAUUGAUGGCUUAGAUACAUUUUACUGGGAUGACUGUUAUACCCAGCUGCAACGUAUGACCACGCACUACAAGAAAUUGUUGCAGCGUUUAAAGUCUUUGUGCCAAGAACACAAUAUUUGUUGCGCCUAUACCGUGGAUGUCAACUAUAUUUUACCAAAAUCAAAGAUAAGCGCCUUUUUCCCACAUUCAUUAAUUGACUACAAAUUGAAAUUAGUGAAGCACAGCGAUGGUCGACGAUAUUUAAAUGAUUCACCUAUAGAAAUAAAUAAUAAUGGUAUUGAAUUUAUUAACAAUUAAAAUACACACAUGUAACUAUACAAUCUGUGAUUUAACAUCCUACACCAGCUAUUUAAGUGUACUAGCACACCCUUUGGUGUUUGAAUAGUGGGUGUUACAAAGAAAACUUAACCAACCGGCUCAAAAACAUUUUUUUAUUUAAUUUUCUAACCAAGAACAUAGGGCCAUUUUCAGAAUCGUUUAAGCAAUGUGCGUCCGUCUUGUAAUCAAACUAAAAGUCGCAAAAAUUUCCAAUCAAUUCUAAUUCUCAAUAAUGGAUUUAUGAAAAAUAUCAUGUUUUUGUUGUAAAAUUUCUUUAUUAAUCUUGUUAAAUUUCAGAACAUUUUUAAAUGUAGUAACUACUUUCUUAUAUUCAUUUCUACGAAAUUAAGGUCUUUAAUAAAAUAAAUCGUAAUUUCUUUUAACGUUUGUUAAAGUUUUGUAAUUUGCAAGAUAAUUAUUUUAAUGACAACCUUCAAUAAAUCCAUGCCCCUUCAUAAAUUGCUUAUCUAAAGUUAAUUGUUUUUUUGCUCUGCAGUGCCUACAGCUACAAGCGAAAUUAUAGUACAUAUAUUGUAAAAAAUAUAAUUGCAUAACACACUGUAAAAAAAUAUUGUUUAAAAAAAGAAACUAUAUUUCAUUCUUUCCUUUCUUUGCACAAUUGCUACUACU